AUGAGCCUGGAGAUGAGACCGGUGCCCUUAGCCGAGAGGCUUCUGGUUCUUCCAGCAGCCCUGCCACAGGAGAAGAGCUCGGGGGACCAUACAGCGGUCAGCGGACCUCACUUCUUUCAGAUCGUCUCUUUCAAAUGGCAUCAUGUGCAGGAGCCCUACAUCAUUGCGCUCUGGAUACUUGUGGCCAGUCUGGCCAAAAUCGUUUUCCACUUGUCCCACAAAGUCACCCGCGUGGUUCCAGAGAGCGCUCUGCUGAUUGUCCUUGGCCUCUUUCUGGGCGGUAUCGUGUGGGCUGCAGACCACAUUGCCUCCUUCACCCUUACACCAAAUGUAUUUUUCUUCUACCUGCUGCCACCCAUCGUCUUAGAUGCUGGAUACUUCAUGCCAAACAAAUUGUUUUUUGGAAAUCUUGGUACCAUCCUUCUGUAUGCUGUAAUCGGGACUGUAUGGAAUGCUGCCACAACAGGCAUGUCUCUCUAUGGUGUUUACCUGAGUGGAAUAAUGGGCCAGCUCGACAUUGGGCUGCUGGACUUCCUUCUGUUUGGCAGCCUGAUAGCUGCAGUGGACCCUGUGGCUGUACUGGCUGUGUUUGAAGAAGUUCAUGUCAAUGAAGUUCUGUUUAUUAUCGUUUUUGGAGAAUCUCUGCUGAACGAUGCUGUAACUGUGGUGCUGUACAAUGUGUUCGACUCUUUCGUUGCAAUGGGAGCUGAUAACGUGACUGGGGUGGACUGCGUAAAAGGCAUUGUGUCUUUCUUUGUGGUGAGCCUGGGUGGAACAUUUGUUGGCAUUGUCUUUGCGUUCCUGCUCUCACUGGUCACUCGCUUCACCAAGCAUGUCAGAAUCAUUGAACCUGGAUUUGUGUUUGUGAUCUCAUACCUGUCCUACCUCACAGCAGAGAUGCUUUCUCUUUCUGCCAUCCUUGCGAUAACUUUCUGUGGUGUCUGCUGUCAAAAAUAUGUCAAGGCUAAUAUUUGUGAUCAGUCUUCUACCACCGUGAGGUAUACCAUGAAAAUGUUAGCAAGUGGAUCUGAGACUAUUAUAUUCAUGUUCCUGGGAAUUUCAGCUGUAAAUCCAGACAUCUGGACAUGGAACACAGCUUUUAUACUAUUGACUUUGGUCUUCAUCUCAGUGUACAGAGUCAUUGGUGUAGUGAUACAGACAUGGGUUCUAAACCACUACAGAGUGGUCCAGCUGGAAAUAAUAGACCAAGUGGUAAUGUCGUAUGGUGGACUACGGGGAGCUGUUGCUUUUGCUCUAGUUGCACUUCUGGAUGAGAAAAAAGUGAAAGAGAAAAACCUAUUUGUCAGCACAACUAUUAUUGUUGUGUUCUUUACCGUUAUAUUCCAGGGUUUGACAAUCAAGCCUUUGGUACAGUGGCUAAAAGUGAAGAGAAGUGAGCACAGAGAGCCCAAACUGAAUGAGAAACUCCAUGGCAGAGCUUUUGAUCACAUUCUUUCUGCUGUUGAAGACAUAUCUGGACAAAUAGGACAUAAUUAUCUGCGAGACAAGUGGUCCAAUUUUGAUCGGAAAAUCCUCAGUAAAGUACUGAUGAGAAGGUCUGCUCAAAAAUCAAGAGACCAGAUUCUUAAUAUUUUCCAUGAGCUCAACCUGAAGGAUGCUAUUAGCUAUGUGGCUGAGGGAGAGCGUAGAGGUUCCCUGGCUUUUAUUCGUUCUUCAAGUACUGACAACAUGGUCAAUGUGGACUUCAGCACUCCUCGACCAAGUACUGUAGAGGCCUCUGUCUCCUGUUUACUGAGAGAAAAAGCCAGCUCCGUUUGUCUUGAUAUGCAAGCCUUAGAGCAGAGGAGAAAAAGCAUACGAGAUACAGAGGAUACAGUCACUCACCACACACUGCAGCAGUACCUCUACAAACCCAGACAAGAGCACAUACAUCUGUACAGUCGGCACGAGAUCAUUCAGAAUGAAGACGAAAAACAAGACAAGGAGAUUUUCCACCGGACAAUGAGGAAGCGCUUAGAGUCUUUCAAGAGUACCAAACUAGGAAUAAACCAGCCCAAAAAGCUCAACAAAAGCCACAAGAGAGACCGGGGCCAAAAACGGAGAAAUAGUAAUGCCAUACCAAAUGGAAAAAUACCUUCAGAAAAUCCAGUGCAAGAUUUUACUUUGAAGGAAAAAGAUGUGGAAUUUUCUGAUCCAGAAGAAAAUUAUGAAUCUCUGCAUAUGGACAAAGGAGUUGACUUUUUAGCUAAUGUCACCAAGCAGAAUUGCACAGAUGCUACCUCUGGAAUUGAUAACCCAGCAUUUUCAGCUGAUGAUGAUCAAAGUAUCUACAUGAAGUUCCCGCCAUGGUUAUCUGAUGAAGAUUCUGUAGUACCAUCACAAAGGGCCCGAGUACAGUUACCGUAUUCUCCAAACAACUUCAGACGGCUCACCCCGUUUCGCCUCAGCAAUAAGUCUGUAGAUUCCUUUUUGCUAGCAGAUGGGCCAGAGGAGCGACCCAGAGCUUUCCUCCCAGAAACAACACAUAUGUAA